CUCACACAUGUGUUCAUUAAAAUGCCGUCUAAAUUGCACACGCCUGGAUCUGUGGUUAUUUAUGGAUUCUUCUCUCAACAUUGAACCCUAACAUCUCCUCGUGCAACCUGAUGUUUCCAGGAAGUGAACUUUGGCGUGUUGGACUGCAGCAGCGGCGGCGGCGUCCUGAACAGUCUGGAAACUCUGCUGACUCACAUCAUGUUACCUGCUCUCAGGUCGCAGCAGUCGUGGGGCUCUGUGCAGGACUCGUGUCCACACGUGCGGUCCUUCCUGUCCUCGGUGGAUCAGUUUGUCAGUAAUCUGAGCUCAGCGCGACUGAACCUGGAGAGAAAGUUCCAGCUGCAGCAGGUGGAGCUUCCUGACGCCAUCAGCCAGCUGAGCAGCCCUGCAGACUACAGAGCAGCAGCCAAUAACAGUGAGCUGGUGGAGCGUCUGGAGGAGGCGUUGACCCUGUGGACCAAUCAAAUCAAGCAGGUGCUGACAGAGAGCGAGCAGAUGAGGAAAGAGACCGACGACGUCGGGCCGUCGGCCGAGCUGGAGCUCUGGAAGAGCCGCACGGUGACCUUCAGCAGUCUGUUGGAGGAAGUGAAGGGCUCUCAGGUGAAGAGGACUCUGGGGGUCCUGCAGGUGGCUCAGUCUCGGUGCCUGCGUGCCUGGAGAGAUCUGGACAGAGACAUCACUGUGGUGGCCAACGAGGCAAAGGACAACGUCAAGUAUCUUCACACCCUCAACAAGUUCUUUGGAUCUGUGGAAAAAUCCACUCCUACCAGGAUGCUGGAGCACAUUCCCAGUCUGAUGAACGGCAUCAAGAUGAUCCACGUGGUGUCCCAGUACUACAACACCUCAGAGAGGAUGAGCUCACUGCUGCUCAAGGUCACCAACCAGAUGAUCAGCACCUGCAGGAGCUACCUGCUGCAGGGCGUGAGGCGUGUCUGGGAGCACAGCAGGCCGGUGCUGCUGCAGAGAAUCUCUGACUGCUGUAAUCUGAAUGCGGCGUAUCAGCGAAGCUUCCACAGCGUCAGAGACAAACUGAGAGAAAACCCUGAGAACAGACAGUUUGACUUCAGUGAGAACUACAUCUUCGGGAAGUUUGACUCUUUCUGCCGCCGUCUGGAGAAGAUCGCCGACAUGGCGUCCACGCUGGAGAGCCUGGCUGCUCUGCAGAGCAUGAAGGUGGAGGGCGUGGAGAAGAUCUGUGUUCGCUACCAGACCAUCGUCUCCACAACUGAAUCCAAGACCUAUGACGUCCUGGAUCACUGCAAACUGGAGUUUGACAGGGACUAUGCAGACUUCCAGCUCCAGGUUCAGAGUGUGUUCCAGUGUCUUCGGUCUCUGCUGGACGUCUGGUUCAGCCGGUCUGUCUCUACGCAGAGAUUGCUGGAGCUGUUGGCCAUGUUUGAGUCGGGUCCGCUGGCUCGCUUGGACCUGAGGCAGUACUACCUGCUGCUGCUGCAGCGCUACAGCCGAGAUCUGGAGCUGCUGAGGAAGACCUACCAGAAACACAAUGACCGGCCGCCCAUCGGACGCAACCUGCCGCCGGUGUCAGGCAGGGUCCUUUGGAGCCGGCAGCUCUUCAGGAAGGUUGAAGCACCGAUGAUGAUCCUGAAGAAGAAGCUUGACUUCCUGAAGGGACCAGAGAUGACUAAAGUCAUCCGGACCUACAACCAGCUGGCUGUGGUGCUGGUGCAGUAUGAGGUGCUGCACCUGCAGGGGUGGAGUCAGGCUGCAGAGAGCGCGCCACGCUGCCUGAGCGCCGCCCUGCUGGUGCGACAUGAAGACAGCAAGGAGGUCUCGGUGAACCUGGACCCUGUGGUGCUGGAGGUGCUGCAGGAAGCUCGGUGGAUGACCAAACUGGGCGUGAACGUGCCAAAGGUCAUCCAGAAGAUGACCUCCAGGGAAUCAGAGCUCAGAGAUUUGUACAGCCGGCUGCUGGAGAUGCUCCAGGACUACAGCUCUGUGGUGGGCAGGGUCCCGCCUCUCCUCCUCCCCCUCAUGCAGCCCUUCAUUGGCCGUGUGGAGGCAGCUCUCUCCCCUGGGCUCACCUCACUGUCCUGGACUGCUCUCAACACUGAGCGGUUCCUGCAGAAUGUGUAUUUGGCUCUCAAAGACCUGGACCUGUUGGCCAAAAUGGCGACAGACCUGUUGGACUGUCGCAUCGGCCGGCUGCUUCGGUCCAUGUCGUCCUGCCGUCUGCUGGUCCUUCCUGAAGACUCGUCUGUGUCGGCGCACGACCUCCUACUACAGACAGGAAGCUUGGUCCAAGCUGCUGCUGUCACACUGAGCUGGCAGAGUCAGCAGGUGGAGAGAUACGUGUACGAACUGAUCGAGGAGCUGAAGAGGAAGAUGAAGACUGUGGAGACUGUUAAUCUCCGGGUCACUCACACACACUCUCACACACACACACACACACACACACACACACACACACACACACACACACACACACACACACACACACACAAACACACACACAAACACUCAUUCAUCUCUGCUCGUUGUCCUCAGGGGUCUUUUAAGUGUCUCCAUCCAGACUCCAAACAUCAGACUCGCUGUCUGUCGUGUCUCCCUUGUCGUUUCUACAACCUGAUUGGUCAGCUCUGUUACCGCAGCACUGAAGCUCUGGUCAAAGCCACCAGAUCCUCCCUGGAGGCCCUGAGGAGCAGACUUCAUGUCUCCAAACAACAGCCACACUUUUCCUCCUCCUUGGUGUCUUCCUCCAGCAGUGCCCAGCCAGCUCCUCCUCUACCUCUCCUCACAACCUCCAUCCACCUUGCAAUCCCCAGCAUGGUCCUCAGACCCAGUCUGGAUGACAUUCAGUCUGUGGUGAAUAAGCUGGUGGGCGUCGUGCUGUCUGUGACCAAAGACAUCCCUCUGUGGACUUACUCUCACCUGCAGUACAAACAGCAGCAGGCGGAGCAGGCGGCGGGUCGUAGUGGAGGAGAGGACGUGGCAGUGAAGCCAGUGGUGCUGCGAGCGCUGGACAGACAGCUGGCUGAACACAAAGACAUCAGCAGGUUGGUGAUGCAGCUCAGCUCCAUCGUGUCACACCUGAAAGCUCAGGCUGCCGAAACCCUGAAUGACCUCGGCCACUUCUCCACCCUGUGGAACCAGGACCCAGAGGAGCAGGUGCAGGCCUUCCUGCAGUCCGACCCGUCUCUGACAGAGUUCAGCGCUCAGAUCUGUUUCUACUCUAGGCUGGAGGAGCAGAUUUCGGAGCUCCCUGAGUUUUACACAGUGGGUUCGAUCCUGUUGGACACCGACCAGCUGAAGCGUUCGCUCACUCACGAGUGUCACAACUGGAAACGAGCUUUCGGCGCCGCUCUGAAUCGCAGAGCGUCCGCCGACAUGAACGACAUCCUGUCGUUCGUGGACGCGCUCACGAAGCGUCUGCAGCGGCCAAUCUCAGACCUGGAUGAUGUCAGAGCAGCCAUGGCUGCGCUCAGAGAGGUUCGGGAGGCGGAGGUUCGGAUCGACGCCACCAUCAGGCCGGUGGAGGAAUCCUUCGCCCUGCUCAACAGACACGAGCUGCUCUUCGGUGAUGGGAACAGCGAGCGCGUGGACGGCCUGAUGUACGCCUGGAAAAACCUCACUGACCUGGUGGUGCAGACCCAGAACACUCUGGUGCAGAUUCAGCCCAGCAUGAAGACAGACCUGCUGUCUGCAGUGCAGAGCCUCCAGAGCCAGGCUCAGAGCUUCUGCACCGACUACAACCAAAGGGGCCCGGGGGUGGAGGGCGUGGCCCCGGCUGAAGCCAGCGAGCGGCUGCAGAGUUUUCAGGCAGAGUUCGAUCAGCUGUGGAGGAAGUACACCACCUGCUCAGGUGGAGAGGAGCUGUUCGGGCUGCCUGUGAAUGAGUAUCCGGAGCUGCAGAGGAUCCGGAGGGAGCUCUCCCUGCUGUCCAAACUCUACAGUCUGUACAGCUCGGUCACCGACAGCGUCGCCGGCUACUACGACAUCCUGUGGGCCGACCUCAACAUCGAGAAGAUCAGCGCGGAGCUGCAGGACUUCCAGAACAGGAUCAGGAAGCUCCCAAAGGCCCUGAAGGAGUGGCAGGCCUUCAGAGAUCUGAAGAAGACCAUCGAUGACUUCACAGAGACGUGUCCUCUGCUCUACAUGAUGGCCAACAAGGCGAUGCUGCACAGACACUGGACUCGUCUCAGCGAUGUGACCGGUCACAGCUUCCAGGUGGACUCUGACAGUUUCUGCCUGAGAAACAUUAUAGAGGCUCCGCUGCUGAAACACAGAGAGGGCAACGAGGACGUUUGCAUCAGCGCGGUGAAGGAGCGCGACAUCGAGGCCAAGCUGAAGGACGUGGUGGCCGAGUGGAGCAGCCACACGCUCAGCUUCGCCACCUUCAGGAGCAGAGGAGAACUGCUGCUGAAAGGAGCCGAGACCGCAGAGAAAAUCUCCAUGAUGGAGGACAGCCUGAUGGUGCUGACGUCCCUGCUGAGCAACAGGUACAACGCUCCGUACAAGCCCUCCAUCCAGCUGUGGGUUCAGAAACUCUCCAACACCUCAGAGAUCAUCGAGAAGUGGCUGUCGGUUCAAAACCUCUGCAUCUACCUUGAAGCGGUGUUUGUGGGUGGAGACAUCGCCAAGCAGCUGCCUCAGGAAGCCAAACGUUUCCAGAACAUCGACAAAUCGUGGCAGAGGAUCAUGCAGCGAGCGCACGAGAUUCCCAACGUGUUGCAGUGCUGCGUGGGAGACGAGAUGCUCAGCCAGCUGCUCCCUCACCUGCUGGAGCAGUUGGAGCUCUGUCAGAAGUCUCUUUCCGGUUACCUGGAGAAGAAACGCUUGGUGUUCCCUCGUUUUUUCUUCGUGUCCGACCCCGCCCUGCUGGAGAUUCUGGGCCAAGCCUCUGACUCACACACUAUACAGGCUCAUCUGCUCAGUCUGUUCGAUAACAUUAACAGAGUUGUUUUCAAUGAGAAAAUCUACGACCAGAUGAUCAGUUUCCAGUCCCAAGAAGGAGAAACUGUGGAGCUGAGCCAGCCAGUGCUGGCACAGGGGAAUGUGGAGGUGUGGUUAGGAGAGCUGCUAGCUGGGGUGAGGGAAACCCUUCAUGCUAUCAUCCGUCAGGCUUACCAGGCCAUCAGUGACUCCGCCUUUAAGCUGCUGGAGUUCCAGUCGGCGUUCCCGGCUCAGAUUGGCCUGCUGGGUAUCCAGAUGAUCUGGACGAGAAACGCAGAAGAAGCACUCGUCCUCAGCAAGUCGGACAAGAAGAUCAUGCAAACAACCAAUCAGAAGUUCCUGGACCUCCUCAAUGAGCUCAUCGACAUGACGACUCGAGAGCUGAGCAGGAACGAAAGGACCAAAUAUGAGACGCUGAUCACCAUCCACGUCCACCAGAGAGACAUUUUCGAUGAUCUGGUGAGGAUGAACGUGCGCUCGGCUUCAGACUUCGAAUGGCAGAAACAGUCGAGGUUUUACUUCCUGGAGGAGACGGACAGAUGUGUCAUCCAGAUCACAGAUGUGGAGUUCAGCUACUGUAAUGAAUACCUGGGCUGCACAGACAGGCUGGUCAUCACCCCGCUGACAGACAGGUGUUACAUCACUCUGUCCCAGGCUCUGGGGAUGAGUAUGGGCGGAGCUCCGGCUGGACCAGCAGGAACAGAAUACAUGAACAACGUCCUGGCGAGCGCUGAAGUUUCCAACCUGUUUGCUCGAGACGAGCUGGAUGACAUCACUCAGGACCUGAUUCCCGUGAUGAAGCGCCAGCAUCCUCGCCGCCCGCCGACGCCCGAGAACCUCUAUGACUUCUUCCUGUCCCGCGUGCGGAGCAACCUCCACGUGGUCCUCUGUUUCUCGCCUGUCGGGGAGAAGUUUCGCUCUCGUGCCUUAAAGUUCCCGGGUCUGAUUUCCGGCUGCACAGUGGACUGGUUCCAGCGUUGGCCUCAGGACGCCCUCAUCGCUGUAUCGCAUCACUUCCUGUCUCAGUACCAGGACCUCCGCUGCUCAGAGGACGUCAAGCAGAGCGUUGUGGUUACCAUGGGAACCUUCCAGGACCUGGUGGCAGAGAAGUGUGGCGAGUACUUUGAGCGUUUCCGCCGCCAGACGUUUGUGACGCCAAAGUCCUACCUGUCCUUCAUCGACAGCUACAAGCUGGUCUACACGGAGAAGAUCGCUCACGUCGGCACGCUGGCGCGCAUGCAGACAGGUCUGUGUAAACUGAUGGAGGCGGAGCAGUCGGUGUCUCAGCUCUCUGAGGAGCUGCUGGUGAAGGAGAAGGAGCUCGCCGUCGCCUCCCAGAGUUUCCUGUUAGCGAGCGAGACCGCAGGUCAACAGCGACGUGUCUGAAAGGUGAAGCAGCAGGUGCAGAAGGUGAAGGAUAAAGCUCAGCUCAUCGUGGACGAGAUCGAAGCCGAUAAAAUGGCAGCAGAGUCCAAACUGGAGGCUGCGAAACCGGCUCUGCAGGCUGCUGAGGCUGCGCUACAGACCAUCAAACCAGCAGACAUCUCCACGGUGAGGAAGCUGCAGAAGCCUCCUCAUCUCAUCAUGAGGAUCAUGGACGCCGUGCUGCUGCUGUUCCAGAGAAAGGUCACGGUCGGAGCCUGAAACGUUCCCUCUGAGUGUUCACGACAUGCUUUAUAAAUCUCUGUCAUUUUUAUGAAUGCAUGAACUGAGGUGAUGUUUGAUGUGUCGGUGCUGCAGGACUCCAUCACAGAGGAGGUGGUGGAGCUGCUCGCUCCUUACCUCCACAUGGACGACUACAACAUGGAGACGGCCAAGAGGAUCUGUGGGAACGUGGCAGGGCUGUGCUCCUGGACUCAGGCCAUGGUCGACUUCUUCAGCAUCAACAAGGAGGUUCUUCCUCUGAAGGCUAACCUGGCCAUGCAGGAGGCCCGUCUGCUGGUGGCUCAGGCUGAACUCACUAAGGCUCAGGAACAGCUGGAUGCUAAACAGCUGGAGCUGGACGCGGUGCAGGCGCUUUACGACGCUGCCAUGAAGGAGAAGCAGGACCUGGAGGAUGACGCCCAGACCUGCCGCCGGAAGAUGGCCAACGCUCGCGCUCUGAUCGACGGCCUGGGAGGAGAAAAGGUCCGUUGGACCGACAGCAGCGCGGGGUUUCAGACUCAGAUCAAACACCUGGUGGGGGACGUCCUUCUGGCCACAGGCUUCCUGUCCUACGCCGGCCCCUUUAACCAGGAGUACCGCAGCCUGCUGCUGACGCUGUGGAGGAAAGAGAUGGAGGAGAAGCUCCUCCCCUUCAGUCCCGAGCUGAACGUGAUUGGUCUGCUGGUGGACAACGCCACAGUGAGCGAGUGGAACCUUCAGGGUUUACCCAGCGACGACCUGUCCAUCCAGAACGGCAUCGUGGUGACGAAGGCGUCCCGCUACCCGCUGCUGAUAGACCCCCAGGGCCAGGGCAAGACCUGGAUCCAGAACAGAGAGCGAGACCAGCAGCUGCAGGUGACGUCUUUGAACCACAAAUACUUCCGUUCCCACCUGGAGGACAGCCUGUCUCUUGGGCGCCCCCUGCUGCUGGAGGACGUUGGUGAGGAACUGGACCCCGUCCUGGACAACAUACUGGACAAAAACUACAUCAAGUCUGGCUCCACUUACAAGGUGAAGGUUGGAGACAAGGAGGUGGAUGUAAUGAAGGGCUUCACGCUCUACAUCACCACCAAGAUGGCCAACCCAGCAUACAGCCGAGGCCUGGAGGACCAGCUGCUGGGACGGGUCAUCCUGCUGGAGAAGCAGGAGAUGGAGGCAGAGCGAGUGAAGCUCCUGGAGGAGGUGACGUCCAACAAGAGGAAGAUGCAGGAGCUGGAGGACAGCCUGCUGUUCAGGCUCACCAGCACACAGGGCUCGCUGGUGGAGGACCAGUCUCUGAUCGAGGUGCUGAGCGUCACCAAGAUCACCGCUCAGGAGGUAAGUGAGAAGCUGACGGUUGCCGCGGAGACAGAGGUGAAGAUUAACCAGGCCAGGGAGGAGUACCGACCAGUGGCCACCAGGGGGAGCAUCCUCUACUUCCUGAUUGUGGAGAUGUCGCUGGUGAACGUCAUGUACCAGACGUCGCUGCGGCAGUUCCUCGGGCUUUUUGAUUCGUCCAUGCAGAACUCGGCCAGGUCGCAGGUCACCUCCAAACGCAUCAGCAACAUCAUCAGCUUCCUCACCUACCAGGUGUACCGUUACACAGCCAGAGGUCUGUACGAGGAACACAAGCUGCUCUUCACUCUGCUGUUGGCUCUAAAGAUCGACCUGCAGGCCCGAAUCAUCUCGCACGUGGAGCUGCUCACCUUCAUCAAAGGCGGAGCCUCUCUGGACCUGAACUCUGUAGAAUCGAAGCCACGGCGCUGGAUCCUGGACCAGACCUGGCUGAACCUGGUGCAGCUGUCCAGCCUGCCUCCGUUCUUCCAGAUUCUGAACCAGGUGAACCAGAACGAGCGCGCCUGGAAAGUGUGGUUCGACCAUCCGGCGCCAGAAGACGCCCCGCUGCCCGAUGGCUACGAGGAGAAGCUCGACACCUUCCGGAAGCUUCUGCUCAUCCGGAGCUGGUGCCCCGACCGGACCAUCGCUCAGGCGCGGCGCUACAUCUCAGAGUCUCUGGGCCAACUGCGCCAAGGGACGGUCCUGGACUUGGACGCCAUGUUGGCAGAGAGCAACAACCGAACGCCAAUGGUGUGUCUGCUGUCGAUGGGCUCCGACCCGCCUGAGAACAUCGAGAGAUUAGCCAAGAAUAAGGGGGCGCCGUGCCAUCCCAUCUCCAUGGGUCAGGGCCAAGAGGUUCACGCUCGCAGGCUAUUGGCCAACAGCAUGUUGGAUGGCGGCUGGCUCCUCCUCCAGAACUGCCACCUGGGACUGGACUUCCUGGAUGAGCUGCUGGAGACGGUCACAACAGCGGUGCCGGAGAGCGUGCACAAAGAUUUCCGAGUGUGGCUGACGACCGACGUGCACCCCAGGUUCCCCAUCACCUUCCUUCAGUCCUCCAUCAAGUUCACCAAUGAACCUCCUCUCGGCAUGAAAGCCGGUCUGAAGAGGACUUUUAAUGGUGUCACUCAGGACCAGCUGGAGAUCAGCAACCUGCCUCAGUGGAAGCCUCUGCUGUACGCUGUGGCCUUCCUCCACACCACCGUGCAGGAGCGUCGUAAGUUCGGUCCGCUCGGCUGGAACAUCCCCUACGAGUUCAACCAGGCAGAUUUUACCUCCAGCAUCCAGUUUGUCCAGAACCACCUGGACAACCUGGACUUGAAGCGAGGCGUGAACUGGAGCUGUCUGCGCUACAUGCUCGGUGAAGUCCAGUAUGGCGGUCGGGUGACGGAUGAGUUGGACAAACGGCUCCUCAACACGUUCACGAAUGUCUGGUUCAGUGAGAGCACCUUCAGUGAAGCAUUCUGCUUCUUUAAGGGCUACAGCAUCCCUGCCAAGGCCAAGAGCAUCCAGGAGGUCCUGCAGCACAUCGAGGGGCUGCCGCUGGUCGACUCACCGGAGGUGUUUGGACUCCACCCCAACGCUGACAUCACCUACCAGACCAACCUGGCGAAUGACACGCUCAGCACCAUAAUCAACAUCCAACCGAAGGACACCGGAGGCGGGGCCGGGGAGACCAGGGAGGCCAGCGUGCAGAGACUAGCCAAUGAGAUGCUGGAGAAGCUGCCACCUGAUUACAUCCCACACGAGGUCAAAGGUCAACUCCAGAAGAUGGGUCCUCUUCAGCCAAUGAACAUCUUCCUCCGACAGGAGUUGGACCGAAUGCAGCGUGUCAUCAGCAGCGUACGGAGCACGCUCACUGACCUCAGACUGGCCAUCGAUGGGACCAUCAUCAUGUCUGAAGACCUGCGCGAUGCCCUCGACAGCAUGUUCGAUGCUCGGAUCCCGCGCCUGUGGCUGAGGCUCAGCUGGCCGUCGGCCACGCUCGGCUUCUGGUUCAGCGAGCUGCUGGAGAGGAACCAGCAGCUCAGCGCGUGGGUCAGCGCCGGCCGGCCCAACCAGUUCUGGCUCACCGGCUUCUUCAACCCGCAGGGUUUCCUGACCGCCAUGCGCCAGGAGACGACACGCUCCAACCUGUCCAGGGGCUGGGCCUUGGACACGGUCACCCUUAGCAACGAUGUCACCAAGAUGAUGAGGGAGGACGUCUCAGCUCCGCCCCCUGAAGAUGUGGGUGGAGUCUAUAUCUAUGGCCUCUUUCUGGAUGGAGCGGGAUGGGACAGACGUGGCGCCAAACUCGCUGAGGCUCCGCCCAAAGUCCUCUUCACCCCUCCUCCCUGUGGUCCACGUCUUCGCCGUCAGCUCAGCCAACAUGGCUGACAGUAAGCGUCCCCCUGGCGGCGGGGGGGCGGUCAGCCUGUACUCGUGUCCCGUCUACAAGAAGCCUCGACGCACCGACCUGAACUUCAUCUUCUCCCUGCAGCUGAGGAGCGUGCAGCCGCCCGAGCGCUGGA